AAGAAGUACGAGGCUGCAGGCCAUACCAUAGCGGCAUACCCACCGAGACGAGGAGAAAGGGAGGAGAGGCACGAGAAGAAUGGGGGAGGGCGCGCCAUGCAGCUUCAUGCCGCGGCGCCGGGGGGUGCUGUGGCGCGGCCUCGGGCUCGGCCGGCGCCGUAAGCUCCAGGUCGCCCGGCUCGGCGGCGGCAGUGGCAGGGCAGGCGGUGGCCGUGGCCGUUGCCGCGGGCUCCUGCGGCGCCUCCGCCUGCGCUGGCUCCGCCGUGCCGUCCGCAAGCUGGCCGCGGUCUACAUGGCGGCGCUGAAAGGCCCGCCGGCGUCGUGCCCGGCGUGGGGCGGCGUGGAGCCGUGCUUCGCCACGCCGUUCGUCUUCGUCCCCAACACGCGGCCUUUCUUGUGAGGCCGCCGGCCGGGCGGAGCUUUUAGGGGAAGCCGGCCGAUGGCCGUGAUCUUGGCAUCAUUUGCAUGCGCAAAACUCUGCUUCAUUUCCGUCCUUGCUGUCGUUAGUUUCGUUUGGACGCGAAAUGAGAAAAGGAAGAUGUAAAAUCAGUAUAUGUAUGGCUACUUCCCUUGUAAUUAACCACCAGCCAUCUUAUAAGUUUCUUCGUUUUUCUUU